CCACAUCACAUCUUUAACCUUUAAUUUUAGAUUAUUAAUGAAGUAAUUUAAUGUUAUAAAUUAUAAUGUUAUAAUUAUAAAAUUUCUUUAUCACAUUAUUUGCAAUCUUUUGCAAUAUGCUUGGAAUUAAUACUCACCAUUUGUUUUCUUUUUCGUAGAUCUAUUGAAGAAAAACUGUUUAAUUUAAUAAAAAUAUUUUAAUGUUCUAAUCCAACCUGUUGAUACUCGCGAGACUAUCAAACGUCUCAAUUAUUCUGAUUUUGAUAUGGAUGCAGAACCAAGUACGAGCAACAGUAAAGAUGAAAAAUGUAAUACAAAUAAUCAACGUUUGAUAGCCGAAAGUGGCGGCCGUUGCAUGAGUACACAAGCGAUGCAAUCGCUCUAUGAUUUUCGACAAAAUAAUGUGCUUUGCGAUGCAGUAUUAAGAUUAGAGGACGGUGGUAUUUUCCCGAUUCAUCGAGCUAUACUUUCAGCAUGCAGUACUUAUUUCAGGACAUUAUUCACAACUACAUUGCAUUCUCGUGAGAAAACCGAUGUCCUUUUACCAGGUGUGACAAGCCCGAUGAUGAAUCUUUUGCUGAAAUAUGCAUAUUUACGAUCUAUUGAUGUGAAUCGUGAAAACGUAUGCGAAUUGUUGAUUACCGCGGAUUAUUUAAGCAUUCUGGGUGUACUCGAUUUAUGUUGUGACUAUCUAAGGGAUAAUUUGGCACCGGAAAAUUGCAUCGGAGUAAUGAGAUUUGCUCGUCAACAUUUUUACAAAAAGUUGGAAAAUGAUGCUUAUCGUUUUAUUGUAGGACACUUUGUCGAGGUAUCUCAGAGAAGCGAAGAAAUUUUACAUUUACCUAUCGAGGAAUUGAGGCCAUUAGUCGGCGCUGAUGAACUAAACGUGAAAAGCGAACAGACAGUUUGGGAGCUGAUAUUAAGAUGGAUAAAUCACGAUAUAGAAUCUAGGAAAGAUUACAUAGUGGAUCUGAUGAAGAAUAUUAGACUCGGUCUCUUAGACACGCAAUUUUUUCUGGAGAAUGUCAAGGAUCAUCCUUACGUUGUGGGCAAUGACGCGUGUAGACCCAUCAUCAUCGAAACUUUGAAGUUUCUGUACGAUUUAGAGAUGAUCACUCAAAAAGACGGAGAAGUGCCGACACCAGAAAUCGCGCGACCUAGAGUUCCACAUGAGAUUUUAUUUGCCAUCGGUGGAUGGAGCGGCGGUUCGCCGACAAAUUAUAUCGAAACUUAUGAUACGAGAGCAGAUAGAUGGAUUCCGAUCGAGGAAACAGAUUCAACCAGUCCACGAGCUUAUCAUGGACUUGCGGUGAUUGGAUUCAAUAUCUAUGUUAUUGGAGGAUUCGAUGGGGUCGAUUAUUUCAACAGUUGUCGUUGCUUCAACGCGGUGACCAAGGUGUGGCGAGAGGUUGCUCCCAUGAACGCUAGAAGAUGUUAUGUUAGCGUGGCAGUUUUGAAUGAUCUGAUCUACGCCAUGGGAGGAUACGAUGGAUACCAUCGGCAAAAAACGGCGGAACGUUAUAAUUACAAGACAAAUCAGUGGUCUCUCAUUGCACCUAUGAACGUGCAGAGAUCUGACGCCAGCGCAACUACUUUGAACGACAAGAUAUAUAUUACGGGCGGUUUUGAUGGGCACGACUGUCUGAAUACAGCUGAAGUAUAUGAUCCAAACACCAACCAGUGGACAAUGAUAACUGCAAUGAGGUCACGCAGGAGCGGCGUGUCAUGUAUAUCUUAUCACGGCUAUGUUUAUGUUAUCGGAGGCUUUAAUGGAAUAUCGAGAAUGUGCAGUGGAGAAAAAUAUAAACCUUCUACGAACACGUGGAGCCAUAUUCCGGACAUGUAUAAUCCACGUAGCAACUUCGCCAUUGAAGUCAUAGAUGAUAUGAUUUUUGCAAUCGGUGGGUUUAAUGGUGUCACUACGACAUACCAGGUGGAAUGUUACGAUGAGAAAACAAAUGAAUGGUACGAGGCAACGGAUAUGAAUAUAUGUAGAUCGGCAUUAUCGGCUUGUGUGAUUAUGGGUCUUCCAAAUGUAUACGACUAUAUACACAAGCAUCGAGAACGACUGAUGGAGGAAAAGCGGCAAAAGUUAUUGGCUCAUGAAGUACGCCGAAAUCAGCAUCAACAACAGCAGGAACAGGAACAAAUGAGACAAACUUUGCAGAUUGACCAAGUCAUACCGGCGCCACCACCUUUACCACGAGCAAGCGAAAAUGAUAAUAACAAUAAUCGCUGGCGUUAAUUAUUAUCGUUUAAAUUGAAGAAGCAACAUCUGUCUCAUUUCAUUCAUUCGCAAUGCAAAUUUUGGAUUAACGCCAGUCGCACAACACAAAAUAACAAUCGAAAGAAUAAAUUAAAGAAUCAAUAUCAUCUGAUUAAUAUUAAUUAAUCGAAUUCAUCAAUGAUAAUAGCACAGA